AAACAAAUACCAAUUCCUGGGCUACCAAUUUGGAAGAUUACAAAAUUUUAAGAAAUAUCUGAGUCAAAAAAUUGAUAAUCACUAUUUGGGUGGAUUGUUGAGCUUUUCACCAAAGCAAUGGGCCAAUUGAAUUUUUUAAUCUCAAAGCUAUGGAGGCUCAUAUAAGGCAGAGAGUUAAGCCUAUCCGUGUCUCGUCACCAUCAUUGCAUAUUCAUUAACUUUUGAGUAUUUAUGCUCAAGGUCUGUUUUUUCUGAGUGGUUGGCCUAACGAUAAUAAUACAGCUUGUGAAAACCCCACUGAGGCCUCGUUGAGCAACAAGAUUUUGCAGUAUUCCCUAAAGCUAAAAAGAAAAUGUCUUCUUUUUCAAUAGAGGAUUUUGCAGGGAAUGGAGUUUUGAAGGAGCUGCUCCAAAAGUUAUUAGAAGAUGGUUGGGAUGAUGUACCAACCUUGAAGAUUAUGAGUGCAGAGGAUAUGGAUGCAAUAAACAUGACACAAAGGCAAAAGGAUGCUCUGGAAAUAAGAUCAUACCUGCAUGAUCGUGCUCUCAUGCAGUAUGGAGAUAAGCUAGAGGCAUCUGGGAAAUGUUUGCCCGAGCUUCUGAGCUUAAGCCCUGGAGAUCUCUCUUCCCAAUUUGGGAUGAAGAGAGGUCACAUUGCCCGUUUCACAGACAGAACCAGCGCAUGUGCAGAACCCUUGCCCAAAUCAUAUGCCCAACCUGUAAGGAAAAUGACUAGCACAAAUUCUGGAAAUAAUAUCAUUUUCAAGACUUUUGGAUCUGUCAACUCAAAAUUUGUGCAAGGCACAUCAAAAUCUCCUACUAGAAGUAGCAUAAAUUAUGAUAAAUCGCUUGAACAAUCUCUGGCUGAUUUUAAGAUUAAAGAUGGAUACAUCUUUAAAGGGAUUGUUGCUGCUGGACCAGCUGAACCUCGAGCAUGCGGGUGUGUACAACCUCCUCCAGUGGUUGAUGAAGUUGCUCCUUACGCUUUGAUUGAGAAAAUAUCAGUUGAGAAACUGGCUCCUGAGUACAAAAUUGGAAUGGAGCGCUUGGUGAAUACAAAAGCGCCCCCGAUGAAGGCCUUAGAACUGUGGCAAGAUAAACCAGCAGUCCUCCUCUGCAUCAGGCGUCCUGGAUGCAUCAUGUGCAGAGCCGAAGCUCACCAGCUGUAUACUAAGAAGCCCAUAUUUGAUGCGCUAGGAAUUCAGUUAAUUGCAGUUCUUCAUGAAUAUAUAGAGUCAGAGGUGAAAGACUUCUGGCCCCGAUAUUGGGGUGGUGUUAUACUCUACGAUCGGGAUAGGCAGUUCUUCAAAGCUCUUGGUGGUGGAGAACUGUUGAAGGACAAGUUCAUAUCAGGAUUUAUUUUCAACCCACGAGCUAUUGCAAAUUACAAGCGGGCAAAAGCUAUGGGAAUAAAGCAAAACUUCAAAGGGGAAGGAGAAAUUAAAGGUGGCCUCUUUAUAAUUGGCAGAGGAAAGACUGGAAUUGCUUACCAGUUUAUUGAAAGGAAUUUUGGCGAUUGGGCUCCUCUAGCUGAAGUAAUUGAGAUUUGCAGAAAGUUGCAGGUAAUUCUUGUCAGCUUCCCCCAGCCCUUUAAUGAGUUGCUAUCCAAUAUGCAUUUACUUCAAACAACUUUUCUACUUCUGAUGCAGAACCAGCAGCAAAGUCAAGAGAAGUCCAUCAAAAUAUCACAGGAAUAAAAGAAGUUUGUCCUAAUUAUCCAUACAUUCUUCAGAUUCGCCUUUUAUUAUAUUUCUGUUCUUUGUAAUUCAGGAAAGACAAAACGAUCCUGUUCCUGUGUGAUCUUCUGCACAUUCUAUAGAUAGUUGCUGCCAGGGUUUCAGUCUAGGACACCUUCAGAAUGCAAUUGUACCUGGGAAAUGCAAUAGGUGGUCAAUUUUUUGUGAUUCUUUUGUUACAAAUGCAGUUUGUUUUACCUUUUAUGGCUUGUAUUGAAAAGAAAUUUUAAACAAAGUUCUGCAAUUUUUCCAAUAA